CGCCACGCAGCCUGGCGUGGAGCCGCCCAAUCGACCCCAAACGCGUUUACAGACCGCACGCGCUCAGAAGUCUAAGUCUAGUGCCCAGAAAGUCAAGCCUGGCCCGCAGAAGUCAAAGGCCAGUGCACAGAAGACCAGACCGUUACGGGCCGCUCCCCCUAAUGCAAGCCAGGAGACAAUUGGGGUUCCUAGUGUUUUUCAGGAUGCUCCAGCCCAGCGCAGUCCGUCCGAGGGGUCAUCUUCGGAUGAGGAGUUGCCUCCCCAGCAGGCAGCUUCAACGUCUAAUGACCCAGCCCCGCAAGACAGUAGCUCCCGUGGAAGGAAACGGAAAGCGAAGAGGAAGCACGUGUCCAAAAAGAGCAGGAGAAGGGACACAUCUGACUCCGAGGACGAGACAGGUACUUCUUCUUCUGAGGGUGAUAGUGAUGCGCCCAU